CGACGAUAUUAGUAUUCUGUAAGAUGAUUGGCUGUUCUGACUGCCCGUCACACACUUCCCUCCCGCCCCCCUGGUCUCCCAGCAUGCUUUGCGCGGCUGUGCCUGACUCCGCGCAGUUAGCCUGUUAGCUUGUCCAUGCUGCUGCUACGUUGAUGUGUUUCUUCUCGUUAUCUUCAGGACUUUUGCAGACUCUCGCGUGUUCUUCAUCCCGGUGUGUGAGGGCGAUGCGGAAGGCGUGCACGGGUCGUGGUCAUGUGACCCGACGCCACCUUUGGUGACAGGGUCAUGGAAGCAACUGGGUCCUACUGCCCCCCGAGUUACUGCCCCAACACAGCCGGUUGUGUGUGUGUCCGCGCGUGUUAGGCGCCGGGCUUCCGAUGAGAAUGUCUGAAGUUGCGCUGGAGGAAAGACGCUGCGACGCCAUGAAAGUCCUAGAAAGCGACGCCCCUCCUGCCCUGCGCAGCCCCGCCCAUGCACACCAGCACCAACACAACGCCACGCACACUCUGCACCAAGAGCAAGAACAGAGCUGCCCGGACCUCAGUAACCAAACCCAGCCGUCCACCACAGCAGGACAGCCGAUGAGACGCUCCAAGUCAAACGCAAAAGUAAAAUUAGUCCGGAGUUUGGCAGUGUGUGAGGAGUCGUCGCCGCCGCCCACAAUCUCAGAGCCAUCACACCAGGAUAAGAUCCAUUUGCAGCUCAGCCAGGCUUCGGAGAAAGAGGAAGCUGGCAGCGGGGAUGAAGAUCACGCAGAGAAGAGCCCGGAAAAGACUGAGCGAGUCGAACGAGUGCCAAGAAGAUCGCUGUCGAGAGACCACAGUCAGGAGUACACCGACUCGACGGGCAUCGAUCUCCAUGAGUUUCUGGUCAACACACUGAAGAAUAACCCUCGGGACCGGAUGAUGCUGCUGAAGCUGGAGCAGGACAUCCUGGACUUCAUCGGUAACAACGAGUCCCACAAGAGGAAGUUCCCCCCGAUGACGUCGUACCACCGGAUGCUCCUGCACAGAGUGGCGGCGUAUUUCGGCCUGGAGCACAACGUCGACCAGAGCGGCAAAUCGGUCAUCAUCAACAAAACCAGCAAUACCCGGAUUUUCUCUUCAAAUACGAAGCAAGAUCGAGUUGGUUUCUUUUAUUUAUAUAUAUUUUGUGCUUAUUCUUCAAAUCCACAGGGGCAAGAUCAUUUCCAGCUCGAUAAAAGGAUUCAGGAGGACGUGGGUUAUAUUAGCAGUCAUCAGAAGCGACAGAUCUUCAGUUUGAGGGACAGCAGCUCGGAGAACGAUCCGCGGAGCCUGGAGCCUCGGCCCUGGAGCAGCACGGACUCGGACAGCUCGCACCGGAACGGCAGGCCGGCCAUCACUAAAGCCAGCAGCUUCAGCAGCAUCAGCGUGCUCAUACGCAGAGACAGCACCGCUAGCAGCAGGAGCACGGGGAGGCUGUCGAAGACCGGUUCCGACUCCUGUAGUAGUGUAGGUUCAUCUACCGGAUCUCUGUCUCGCCCCACCUUGUCGUUCCCCGUCCAAGCCGUACCCGCGCCGACCAGGCAGGUCCGGACUGGCACCGGAGACCCGGGCUCUCCGCGCUCCGCCGCCAGCGCCACCACCCGCGCCGAUACUAACACUAGUGCUAACGCUAACACAAGCUACUACCUCCUUCCUCUGGAGGCCUCGGGCAUCCCAGCAGGCAGCAUGCUGCUACACUCGCAAACAGGUCAGCCAUUUGCAAACCCCGACGGCAGCGCUAUGGUCUACAACCCCACCUUGACGACGCAGCAGGGGAGGGGCCAGCAGCCCAUGGCUCCGCCCCUUCCACCUCCUACGCAUCAUUUCCAGCAGCACCAGCCGGCCAAUCAUGUAAUGGCCCAGCAUUGUGGUCAGUGUGUCCAGUACUCAGCGAUCUCUUAUCCUCCUCCGCUCCUGCCUGUUCCUCUAAACCAACACUACACUGUGGUACUGCUCUCGCUCGCUCUCUCUCUCUCUCUCUCUCUCUCUCUCUCUCUCUCUCUCUCUAUGUCGUGUUACUGUGCCCCUGGUCAGUAUCCCCAUGCGAACCAGCACUACAGACCAGUCACCCCAAUGUCGUGUUACUGUGCCCCUGGUCAGUAUCCCCAUGCGAACCAGCACUACAGACCAGUCACCCCAUCUGAGCUCCGCCCACAUGUUAAUCCUGCUGAAAAAAAUCAUGCCUGUGUGUGUGUGUGUGUGUGUGUGCAGAUGUCGGCGUGUUACUGUGCCCCUGGUCAGUAUCCCCAUGCGAACCAGCACUACAGACCAGUCACCCCAGUACACUACAGCAGUCCCCAGAGUCAACCUGUUCCACCACAACAACAAGGAUAUCAGACCAUCAUGCACAGUCAAGCACCUAACUACCAAGGCAUGAUGGGAGCUCAGCAGCCUCAGAGCCAAUCGCUGAUGAGCAGCCAGCCAGGGCUAACCAGUCAGAUCCAGGGUGUUGUGGUGCAGUACCCACCCAUGCCACCAUACCAGGGUUCGCCGAACGUUCCUCAGCCAGCCUAUCAGCAGCAACUUGUCCUGCAGGGACCGACCAAUCAGACGUCAAUGCCCUCAGCCAGCAUGCAGGUGUACUACAGCGUUCUGCCUCCAGGACAACACUCCACUGUCAGCUCCACCGUGGGCUUCCUGCCACCUCCGGCUUCCGAGCAGAUGCAGUUCCCCAGGGCCACCUCUCCCUGUGGCUCUCAGCCAAUCCAGACGCAGCAGUGCACAGGUGUACCUUCGGCGCCCCCUGGUGGUAGUGGUGUGCUGAUGAUGCAGCUGAGCGUCCCUCCUGCUCCUCAUGCUACACAGUGGAAGCAAAACAAGUACUACAGCCUGGAUCAGCAGCAUCAACACGCCGGCUCCAAACCGUCUGAGCUGGGCCUGGUCGAUACCACGCAGCACAGUCCUCAGCUGACAAGCCCUGCCCCUUCUCCCGCCCAUUCUCCUGGUCCGCCCCAUCUUGCCAGUUUAAAGGGAAUCCGUCCCGGCCUCGCCCCACUUCCAAUCAUGCCCCAGUUCUCUCGACCCUUCCUUCAAGGUGACGGCAGGUACCCUUUACUCGGACAGCCUCUGCAGUACAACCAUCCGAUCCGACCUCCUCUAAUGCACGGCUCUCCUCUGGUCAACCACCACUACCAUCACCAUCAGGGUCCUAUGGGAAUCCGACAUGGGGGGCGUGGCCGAAGACCGGCGAAGAAAUCACUGUCCACUGAUAGUAGCACGGGGGAGAUAGCGACCGGUCGUGUCCUGGAGGUGACGGACCUGCCAGCAGGCAUCAGCCGGGCCGAGGCCGACUCUCUGCUGGCAGAGCUGGGCAAGGUCGGCGCGCUCAUCAAAUGGCUGCCGGAGCAAGCGCAGCCUCCCCGGCGCUCCGAGACCGCCGAGUCGUCCGCCGCGCCCCAGCACGACCUCGCCUCCACCUACACCAUCCUGGCCACCUUUCCGUCGAAGCAAGCGGCGCAGAGCGCGCUGCUCAAACUCAACACCUCCAUCGGCACCUACAGACUCAAGGCCAUCCAGAGGGCCGGCUCUCAGUGAGGCCACGCCUUUCUCAUCGCCCUCCAUUAUCAUCCUGCCUCACUACUUCCUCGUUUCUGUUGCGGUUUCUCAUGGUUUUUUGUUUGCCUCACUUUGGAGAACUGGGAUAGAUAUUUGUUUGGGGGCUUUUUUUUUUUCUCACACGGGUUUGUUUAAUAGAGAGGGGGGAAAAAUGGAGGGAAAAAUUAUAAAAAGAUCCGUAACCGUCAAGAUUAUUUUAUCGAACCAAAAAAAAACCCCCCCAUGUUUUCGCAAAUUUUUUUUUCUAAAGUCUCCAAGACGCUUCACCACAAAGACAGCAUGGUUGAUUUUGUACUGCAGAACGGACGCUUGGACCACGUGCACUCACUCUUUGUCUUGUUUGAGAUGUUUUUUUUUUAUUAUUAAAUGGGGGGAAAUUACACAGUCCGCUCGUUUUUUGGUACGUCGGCGAGGCCGCGAACGAGAGAGCUUCGACUUUUUGUGCCUUCAACCACGACUGCACUGUUGAGCUGUCUGAGAAAGACGUCACCCAAAAAAAACCCAACAAACAACGAAGAUCCUGUCGUGUAAUCGAUCAGGGGAAUCAUUCGUCCUCUUCCGCUCUUUCGUUCGAGUGUCCUCCAUUUCAGGCUCGAAUAUACGGGAGCUCUGAUCGCUCAUCCCCAUAGGGUUUUAAUUUUAUUUAUAGCGGCCAUUUUUAAAAACAAAGAUUCACUCCAGCCUUCAUCCCCUUUUUCUCUCUCUGCAGAAAUGUGCAUUUUUUUUUUUUUUGUGUGUGUGUUUUGUUUUUUGAAAGGCUGUUUUUAUUUGUUUCUCUCAAUAAAUGUUUACACCAAACCGUG